GUCCCGCCCCGCGGCGCCGCCCCCCCCGCUCCCAUGGCCGCCGCCGCGCCGGGCCGCGCCAUGGCGGCAGCCGCGCGCUGCCGGGGCCCCCCCGCGCCCCGGGCCCCCCCGCCGCCGCCGCCGCUCGUGGUGAUCCUGGGCGCCACCGGCACCGGCAAGACCGCGCUGGCCGCGCAGCUGGGGCGGCGCCUCGGCGGCGAGAUCGUCAGCGCCGACUCCAUGCAGGUGUACAAGGGCCUGGACAUCAUCACCAACAAGGCGUCUCCGCGGGAGCAGCGCCUGUGCCGGCACCACAUGAUCAGCUUCGUGGAUCCCCUCGUCUCCAACUACACCGUGGUCGACUUCCGAGACCGAGCCGUGCCCCUGAUCGACGAGAUCUUCGCCCGAGACAAGAUCCCCAUUGUCGUGGGAGGAACCAACUACUACAUCGAGGCCUUGCUCUGGAAGGUCCUCGUCGACACCACGGUGCCGCGGAGGGUCAGCGCCGUGACGCCGGGCCGCCUCGCGCCGCCGGAGAAGGACGGCCCCGUCCCCAUCCCCGUCCCCAUCCCCGGGCCGGCCGCCGACAGGAAGGCGGAGCUGGAGCGGAUGGACGGCGUCGAGCUGCACCGCCGCCUCAGCCGGGUGGACCCCGAGAUGGCGGCCAGGCUGCACCCCCACGACAAGCGCAAGGUGGCCAGGAGCCUCCAGGUGUUCGAGGAGACGGGGAUCCCCCACAGCGAACUCCUGCACCGGCAGCAGCAGGAGGAAGGGGGGGGGCCCCUCGGGGGGCCCCUGAAAUACCCCCAGUCCUGCAUCCUGUGGCUUCAUGCAGAGCAGGCAGCUCUGGACCAGCGGCUGGAGAAGCGGGUGGAUGACAUGCUGGCUGCAGGGCUGCUGGAGGAGCUGCGCGACUUCCACCGGCGCUACAACCGGGAGAAGGUGGCCGAGAACCGCCAGGAUUACCAGCAUGGCAUCUUCCAGUCCAUCGGCUUCAAGGAGUUCCACGAGUACCUCGUCAGCGAGGGGACUUGCUCACCCGAGACCAGCGCCCUGCUGCUGCAAAAAGGGAUCCAGGCUCUGAAACAAGUGACCAAGAGAUACGCCCGGAGGCAGAACAAAUGGGUCCGAAACCGCUUCCUGAGACGCCCUGGGCCGAACGUGCCCCCGGUGUAUGGCCUGGAGGUGUCUGAUCUCUUGAGGUGGGAGGAGGAUGUGCUGAAACCGGCUCUAGAGAUUGUGGAGAGCUUCAUCCAGGGCCGAGAGCCCCCGGCGGAGCCCGUGAGGAUGGAGUACGACGUAAACGAGAACAAACGGAGUCAUCGCGUCUGUGAGCUCUGCGACAGGAUCAUCAUCGGGGACCGGGAGUGGGCAGCUCACACACGCUCCAAGUCCCACCUGCACCAUCUGAAGAAGAGGCGGAGGCUGGAGUCCGCCGGCCGCGCGGCAGAGACGGAGGGGGACAGCGGCGGCGCGGAGACCUCGGGAGAGGACAGCGGCUUGUCUGUGCCGUAGCCUGCAAACCGGCUGGGGAAGGGGAGCGGCGGCGCUUCCCCCCGCGCGGCGAGGAACCGGCUGGUCCUGGGCGGCCUUGGACCGAGCAGAGCCGUUUGCUCAGGAUGAGGCAGGUGUGUGAGCGAUGGCCAAAGGCCGCCGGCUGCGGCAGAUCCCCUUCCUGUGGCCUCAUCCUGCCGCGUUCCCAUGCUUCUCCAGCCCUGCCUGGAAAAGGGCCGGGCCCCGGGCAAGGCUGUGAGCAGCAUCCUCCCGGGCCAAGCGUUAAUCCCUGCCAGAGACGCAGCAUCAUCCUCGGACCGGCUGAGCCUCUCCCGCUGGCAGGGGAACGUGUCGUUCUGGGAGACAGAAAUACUCUGCGCUCCUCCAGCCUGGCCUGGGGUGCAGCUCAGGAGCUGAGUGAGUUCGUGCUGCCUUUAUUGUGGAGAGGGCAUUUUUUUUCUUUUAUAUGGAAAUAAAGUUGCAAGAUUUU